UGGAAAAAAAUGUGUUCUCUGUUUCUGUGGGCUGCCGAAAGUGGAACUGACUGGAGAACACAGGUACAGAGACAAGAAGUGUCAGAAUAUGAGUUCCAAAUCAAAAUCCAUAGGAAUCGUUGGAGCUCCUUUCUCAAAGGGACAACCACGAGGAGGAGUGGAAGAAGGCCCUGCAGCAUUAAGAAGGGCUGGGUUGCUUGAGAAACUUAAAGAUCUAGAGUGUGAUGUGAAAGAUUAUGGGAACCUGCCCUUUGCGGAUGUUCCUAAUGACACUCCUUUUCAAAUCGUGAAGAAUCCAAGAGCUGUGGGAAAAGCCAAUGAGCAGCUAGCUGGUGUGGUGGCCGAUGUCAAGAAGAACGGAAGAAUCAGUCUUGUGCUGGGAGGAGACCACAGUUUGGCAAUUGGAAGCAUCUCUGGCCAUGCCAAGAUUCACUCGGAUCUCUGUGUAAUUUGGGUAGAUGCUCACACAGAUAUCAACACUCCACAGACAACUUCAAGUGGGAACUUGCAUGGCCAACCUGUGUCUUUCCUCCUGAAGGAAUUAAAGGGCAAGAUUCCCGAUAUACCAGGAUUCUCUUGGGUGACUCCCUGCAUAUCUGCCAAAGAUAUUGUUUAUAUUGGCCUGAGAGACGUGGACCCUGGGGAACACUAUAUUUUGAAAACUUUUGGUAUUAAAUUCUUUUCAAUGACUGAAGUGGAUAGACUGGGAAUUGGCAAAGUGAUGGAAGAAACACUCAGUUAUCUACUGGGAAGAAAGAAAAGGCCAAUUCAUCUGAGCUUUGAUGUUGAUGGACUGGAUCCAUUUUUCACACCGGCUACUGGUACUCCAGUUCCAGGAGGUCUAACAUACAGAGAAGGUCUCUAUAUCACAGAAGAAAUUUGCAAAACAGGGUUACUCUCAGGAUUAGAUAUCAUGGAAGUGAACCCAUCUCUUGGGAAGACACCUGAAGAAGUAACUCGGACGGUGAAUACAGCAAUAGCAAUAACCUUGUCAUGUUUUGGAGUUGCAAGGGAGGGUAACCAUAAGCCUAUAGACUAUCUUAGUCCACCUAAGUAAAUGUGGAAAUAACAUAGAAAAAUCUUAUAGCCAAUGAGCUAAGUAAGCACAUCUAACUUACCUAAAUAUAGCUAUUCUUCAAAAACUUCCAGAAAAAUAUCUUACCUUGUUAAAUAUUAGUAUGAUCAGUAUAAACUUUAUCUAUUCCCUCUUGAUGAAAAUGUCAAGAUAUAGAAAUUCAAACUUUUGUAAAAUUAAAAAUCUUCUGAAAUGUUGCACUGGUGAAG